GACGAACAAGGUCGAAGAAAAGUGUCUUGUCAAAAAGGAGGUAUGAUAAAUCCUAUUCCUACAGACAGUAUGGACGAAGGAGUGCAAAUUGUGAAUAUCACCGCCCCUGCUAAUAAUCGCAAUAAUAUCACGCUGGGUCAUGUGUUUCAAAAGUUCAAAUUCCUAGAAGAAAUUCACAUAACGCAAGCUAACAUUUUACAUAUAGGGAUGCAUACGUUCUGGGGUGUGCCGACAUUGAAAGUGCUAAACUUAAGUUUCAAUAAUAUCAGUGAAAUUCAAGAUCACAAUUUUAGGGGCCUCGUUAAUCUCAUCGAAUUAAAUUUGAGUUUUAAUCUGAUCCAGUGUUUAGAAAGUGCGGUGUUUCGGCAUUUAUUGGAACUGAGGAUAUUGAAUUUAGAGAACAAUAAAAUUAAGGAAAUAUGGUCGCGUGCUUUUUUAAAACUAGUCAAUCUACAGGUGCUAAGGCUUAGUGGAAACCCAAUCAAGGAAUUUGAUCCACAGACCUUUAAGGACAUUCUCGAUCUUCAAGUGCUGGAAUGUCAGAGAUGCGGUAUAAACAAAAUAAAUACCCACAUUUACCACCUGCUGCCUUAUUUAACACACCUAGACAUAAGUUACAACCUGAUUCAGUUUUUGGACACGGACGAGUUCCAGGAUCUGCACCGCUUGCGGUUUUUACGGCUCAAUGGCAAUUUACUACCGAUUGUGAUCGAGAAGGUAUUUUCCAGUCAAGUGGAACUGAGGACAUUAGGCCUCGCCAGAAAUAGGAUAGUAAAAAUUACCGACACUGCCUUCUUUAAUCUGAGCAAUUUAAUUGAACUGGACAUUAGCUACAACAAAUUGAAGCAGCUCGAAACGGUCUCGCUUGAAGCAAUCGCGGACACGCUGACAAAGCUCGACCUAAGCGGAAACAGAUUUUCAACGGCUGUGAUAAGUAACAUAAUCCACGCGUUACCGAAGCUUCGAGAUGUGUCUAUAUCCGAUAUGCAAAUUGCAAAUCUACAAUCCGGCAUAUUCCCGGAUAAUAUUAAAUUCCUAAAUUUGUCCGGAAACAAUCUAACAAAAUUAAAUUUCACAAUUCUGCCGCGGCAGCUUGUUGAAUUAGAUUUAUCGCAUAAUCAAUUUCACGGACUCGACGAAUUCGUCGCAGUGAAACUUGCUCGUUUACAAAAGCUAAAUCUUGCCGAUAAUCCCUGGACUUGUGACUUAUGCAACAUGUUCGCGGUAAUUCGACAUUUAAACCGGACCAAAGCCAUUCAACAGAUCAAGUGCAACGAACCUCAAAGCUUCAAGGGUCAUUAUUUAGUGUCGCUAGAUACUCAAAAGUUGCCUUCCUGUUUGAAAACGGAGAAAACAAUUGGUUCGAUGUUUCUCAGUACACGGUUCCUAGUCGGUGCUCUAGCAAUUCUUGUGUUUUUUAUCGUCUCUCUUAGCAUUGUUGCCGUGUCCUACAGAAGGAGGCGGGUUCGACGAGUCGUUGUUCGUGAAAGCAAGCGGAUUAUUGAAGAUGGAAGUGUACUUGAAACGCCAGCGGCUAUCUUUACGGCAAAGGGUGGAAUAAGUUUCAAAUUCCCAUUGGACUUGACCGAAAGAGAGGUUUCUGUAUCCACAAUAGAUAAUAUAAAAAAACAAGCGAAGCUGUGCAAUCUUCCAAACGGCACCGGAACUGGAAUACAGAGCCAUUUUAUAAACGAAUUGGACGAAUUUAUAGUCGGUUGCGUGAAGGCUGAAGACAGACAUAAACUUAUGUGGAUUUAUAUCGACGAUAUCCUCAUCAAUCGCCUGUAACACCACAUUUCGAACGCUUCUAACCUUUUCUUUUCCACAUCGCCGUACUCUAAAUAUAAACUUUUAACAACCUACUUCGAAUUUCUAAAUUAA